AUGGAUGAAAAAAUAGCCAAUGCAAUGAUCCAAAAUGGUUCAAUGAAUAAACUAAAUUCACUAUAUAUCUCUGAAGUUGCUAUUGAAGGUCAGAAAUCUUCAAUUGGAUUUCUCAAACCCUAUAAAUUUUUCAAAAAAGAUAAAGUCAAUAAAAUUGCAGCAGAACUAGUAAUGCAUUAUUUAAUAUCCUUCGAAUUCACCAAUACUGCUCGAUGUAUUAGUUCUGAGUCAAGUAAUUCAGAAAUCUUUGAUUUUGAUAGUAGGGCAACGAGUUUUUCAGAAUUGAGACUGCCUCAAACUGAUGCACCUAUCAAAUCUUUAAUGGCUGAAUGGCUCAAAGAUGUAAGUACUCCUUUUUAUGAUAAUAGAGAUCGAUUAUCAGAAGGAAUAAUGAAAAGAUACUCAGAACUAUUUAAGGAAUCUGCUCAUUCAAGCUAUUAUUCUAAAACAGAGCAAAAAGACUUACCUCGUCCUCCUCCACUUCAAAAUCCUCCCGAACUCAGAAUGGUUUUUCCAGAUAAAUCGCCUCCAAAGCAACAAAUAGGUAUUAUUAAAUCUAAUUUACAGCAGAAAAAGUCACCAUCUUCUGUAAAGCCAAAACAAGAAAUUUAUCAACCUAAAAACGUUUAUCAAAAACCGGAGCCAUAUACUAGUAGGAAACGUCCUGAUAGUCACUACAGCUCAAUUCUGAAGUUUUCGGAUUCAGAUGACGAUUGGUCCCCUCCAGAGCAAAUAUUGCCAAGAAAAACAGAAACUAAAGCAAAAGCUAACAACAAUAAUCAACAGGCCUAUCAUUAUGAUGCAAAGAAAUCAGGAAACUAUGAUAAUACUAUUAGUGAUGUGUUUGAUGAUAUUGGUGACUUCUAA